CUGGGAGCCAUUAUGACUUCAACACUGAUGACCAAAGUUCAAUAUCCUGUCUACAAGAAUGAGAGCCAGACAACAGAGACAAUGAACCCGCCAUCUUGCAGGAAUGCGAUAUGCAUUACCUUUGUAGUGGUAAAUGUGAUCAUUAUCAUCCUGGGUGUUGCUGGAAAUGCUCUGGUGAUCUGGAUCGCAGGAUUUAAGGUGAAGAAGUCGGUCAUCAGCACCUGGUACCUGAGUCUGGCUGUGUCAGAUUUCCUGUACUGCUGCUUCCUCACAAUUAAUGUUGUCAAUGCGCUCAAAAAGGACUGGAUCAUUGGGUCCUUUAUGUGCAAAUUCAGAUCCUUCAUGUUGUCUCUCAACUGGUACAGCAGCAUCUUCCUCCUCGUCAUCAUCACUGUGGACCGCUGCGUGCUUGUGAUGUUUCCAGUGUGGGCGCACAACCAGCGCACUAUCAGAAAGGCCUCUGGGAUCAUUAUGGUAGCUUGGAUCGUCUCAGCAGUGCUCAGCACACCAAUGAUCAUUUUCCGAGACAUUCAACCGGCUUUCAAAAACCAGACGAAAGUGUGCGGCUUCAAAUACUUGAAUCAGCAACAGAACGCUGCGGUUGUGACAAGCCGAUUCAUUUUUUUAUUCGCGAUCCCAUAUCUCAUCAUUGUCAUCUGUUAUGUCAUCAUCAUGCGAAAGCUGAAGACAAACGAGGUGGCAAAGUCCAAAAAGCCGCUGAAGAUCAUGACGGCGCUGAUUGUCAGUUUCUUAAUCUGCUGGCUGCCAUAUCAUACUUUUUCUUUCAUAAGGAUAAACGGUGGCAUAUCUAAAAAAAUUCUCUCUCCUGCCAUUAACUUAACCUUCACUCUGGCUAAUUCCAACAGCUGCCUGAACCCCUUUCUUUAUGCUUUCAUGGGGAAAGACUUUAAGAAGCAAUGUUUCGCCAUUCUUUCAAAGAUGGAGAAUGCAAUUGAGGAGGAUGGCCGGAGCACAAUCCGAGGAGUGGCUGUUUCCACCUCUGGGGAAACCAACCUUUCCACUACUGUCUGAUGUUUUCACUGCCUGUCAAUAGAAGGCAUAUCAUGACAAUAAAUAACUGUACACAAGAAUGAAACACAUGUACUAAGAAAACUCAAGAAAGUAGUUGCAUCCAGAAGGAAAUGUCAGAUUGCAAUGCUAUUCAGAAUGUAGACUGAUAUGGGUCUUAAUCAUUGAGCUACACAUACAGAAUAAUGUUUAAUAAAUGUGUCACACAACAUGCAAGAUGUCUCAGCAUGGAGUUGUAGAUGUUCCUAAUGGUGCAAUAAUCUAUCCAUGCAUAGGCAUGUCACGCUAAAUGUUUUUAAAUAGAUGAUAUAUUGUCUCAGGAUUUAUUUAAUGGAUCAGGUUAGGGCUGUUUCUCAGUGUGGAUACACAUAUAAUAUGGGUACUAUUUUAGGGCACGUCAAUGUGCCUUGGUAUCAUGAGGACGCAAAACUUUGCAAUGUGCAGCUCAAAAAGCGUAAAAGCCAUAAACUAAUUAUCUUAAUUAAUCAUGGUUGUGUUUUGGGCGUUAACGUGAAAUAAACCAAUCAAUGUUUCACUUGCCAUUCCCUUUAAGAGGCAGGUGCGCUCUGACUUUGGAGCUUUCGUAUCUUAACAGUGCAGCGCUUUGAGGAAACUGACCUGCGUGUUUACGCUGUGAAGUUAUGCCAGCAGGUAAUUCACGGAAACAGCAAUGAUAUUUUAUCUUGUAUUCUGUUUACUGUUAAUGGAAAAUGUUAGUGUGUAAAGAAUGGGGGUGUACACCUGCUUAGUUAAGAGAGAAAUGGACAGGUGACUACUGACUGUUGUCAGGGUUUAAUUCUGUCAGUGAUGCACUUGUGUUUUCUAGAAAUUUACCGGACCACACCUCACUUCCAGACCACCCAGUGCAGAUUUAUUCCUAAACCCCAAAGUUAGUUUAACAUCACGAGCACACACAAGUGUGAAAAUAGACUGUUGAUGGGUGUAAGGUAGCAAAGAACAUCACAGUGUUUUUUGCACAGGGUGUACAUUGAGGCCCUUUAUUUUUGACUUAAAAUUUAGCAAGAAAUAUUUGAGAAUAUUGGAGCUGCAUGGAUGGAUUAUCAGAAGACACCAUUAGGAACCUCUACAACUCUAUAAAACCAAGGUGUUUGUAGGUCAACGAAUAUUGCCCAUAUUAGUCUACAUUUUAUUUAUUUGAUUAGCGUUGCAGUCUGAGUGCUUUAUCCGCACAUGAACUCUUUAGAUUUUUGACAAAAGGGUACUAAGAGAAAACCUGCUUCUAGGUAUAGUUGCGAGUAUAGUUGGGUAAAACUUGCUAUUAUG